AUGCCAGCCAGCAAACCCUCCAAACCCCUAACACUCAACCCAACACUCGGAUGGCCGCAGCCAGAAGAUCUCGAUUACUUCUUUCAGCCAUGUGCAGUCGGUACCCCGCUGGCAAUCGUUGCCAGCCAGGCACACCGAGAUAUAAUCGAAAUUUGGGAACCUCCCAACCCGGGCGGAGCAAGAUCCGACAAGCGGAUAAGGAAGGCUGCUACUUCGGGUACGAAGUACAUCCAAUUUAGUUUUGCUGUCACCGCCAGUGAUUGCCGACCAGCCAGCGUCAACAGCCCGGUUGUUUGCGCGCCUCAAACUGAAGGGCAUGCGCGAAGCAUCUCCUGUCACGAUGCACGCAUGUGGCGUCGCGUCCCACCCGCUAGACCAGACUCUUGUGAGGAUCACAUAUGCGCUAGCCCCGAUCCGCCCGGGCCUGCAUCUUGGCAAGUCGAGCCUCACAGGGCCGACGCCCUCCGGAUCUACCGAGGUUCUAGCGCGGGGGGUCCCGGAGGAGCCGGCGGUCCCUAG